GUGGACAAACGUGGAAUCGCGAUUUAUUUAUGCAGUGUAGCAUAAGUUGUACAUAUAGAUCGUAAUGGAUACGUUACUUUGUGGCAGUGAGUACUUGGUCUAAUGACUGAUAGCAUAUACUUCCUGUAUAUCGAAUAAAUUCUGGAAUCUUUUUCGCAUUGAAGUUUCUUAAGAUUGCAACGAUUUGUCUACGAAUGAUAUACCUGUCUUUGCACGCAAGCGCCAAAAGGCGCCGCCUGUCGACGCAGUUCGCAAUCGCUUGCAAAGCUUCCUACUGCAAGCUAGAGGAACAGGAAGUUUGUAUCAUCGGCCGAUAUGAGCGAGGAGAUCGAAAAUGCUGCGAAUUAUUAUAAUGUACAUUACAAAUCGGACGCCGAGUAUGUGAUAUACGUUGCUAAGACGAUGUUAACUAUAAUCGGGAUCUGGCCUAGGGACGACACGUACUUGGAUAACGUCGAGACAUACGUCCAAACAGGAAUCAUCUUCUUUCUCAUGUGUUUCCUGUUAAUACCGCACGCGAUUUAUACUUACAUGGACUGCGAAGAUCUGACGAGAUACAUGAAAGUAAUCGCAGCACAGGUUUUUAGUCUUCUGGCGAUCAUCAAGUUCUGGACGUUGAUCGUCAACAGAAGAAUAAUUAAAUUUUGCUUGACGAAAAUGGAAGUACAGUACAGGGACGUGGAAUGCGAAGCAGAUCGGUUGGUACUGAAGAAUAGCGCCAAGGUCGGUCGAUUUUUUACCAUGGUGUAUUUGGCCCUUACCUACAGCGGUGCUUUGCCCUAUCAUAUCAUACUACCCCUGGUGUCAGAAAGGAUAGUCAAGAAGGAUAACACCACUCAGAUUCCUUUGCCGUACCUCAGCAACUAUGUUUUCUUCGUGAUCGAAGACUCGCCUAUCUACGAGAUCACGUUUGUUUUGCAAAUGGUCAUUAGUACUAUUAUACUGUUUACGAAUUGUGGGAUUUACAGCUUGAUCGCCUCCAUAACGAUGCAUUGUUGUGGGUUGUUCGAGGUUACCAAUAGAAGAAUCCAGACGCUUACUUGGGACACGCGAAGUUUGCACGAUGGCGUCGUUGAUAUCGUUCAGUGCCAUCUGAAAGCAAUAGAGUACUCUGCACUGAUUGGGAAUUCGUUAAGUGUCGUAUUUUUGACGGAAAUAGUUGGCUGUACUGUCAUAAUAUGUUUCCUGGAAUACGGAGUGAUCGUGGAAUGGGAAGAACAUAAACCCUUCAGCACGUUGACAUAUUUUCUUUUAAUGAUAUCGAUCUUCGUAAACGUGUUUAUAAUAUCGUAUAUCGGUGAUCGACUUAAACACGAGAGUGGAAAAGUCGGAGAAACAACGUACUUUCUACCAUGGUACGAUUUUCCGGGAGAUAUUGUACAGGAUAUUAGAACGAUCAUAAUCAGAACUAGUCAACCAUCAGGUUUGUCCGGUGCUAAGCUCCUGGAUGUUUCGCUUCUAGCAUUUUGCGAUGUUUGCAAAACUUCUGCAACCUAUUUAAACUUUCUACGAGCGAUGACGGUGUGA